AUGGUGUCUCCGGAGAAUACGAACUGGCUUAGUGAUUAUCCUUUGAUUGAUGGUUCUUUCUCUGAUCAAAAUCCUACUUUUCCAUGGCAGAUUGACCACCACAUAGAUGGUUCAGCUAGUGUCAGUGUUGAAGUUGAUGCAUUCCUUUGCGAUUCGGAUGUGAUCAAAGAACCAGGCUCAAGGAAGAGGGUCAAACCUGAAUCGUCAUGCGCUGGUUCUAGCUCGAAAGCGUGUAGGGAGAAACAAAGACGCGAUAGGCUAAACGACAAGUUUACGGAAUUGAGUUCUGUAAUGGAACCUGGGAGACCUCCAAAAACAGAUAAGGUUGCUAUUCUAAAUGACGCUAUUCGCAUGGUGAAUCAAGCAAGAGACGAAGCGCAGAAAUUGAAAGACUUGAAUUCAAACCUCAAGGAGAAAAUCAAGGAGUUAAAGGAGCUGAAGAUUGAAAAGGAGAAAAUCGAGCAACAACUGAAAGCGAUUAAGACACAGCCUCUACCUCUACCUCAACCUUGUUUCUUACCAAAUCCAUCAACACUCACUCAAGCACAAGCUCCUGGAAGCAAGCUUGUCCCUUACACAACUUACCCUGGAUUUGCAAUGUGGCAAUUCAUGCCUCCUGCUACAGUUGAUACUUCACAAGACCAUGUCCUUCGUCCACCCGUUGCUUAA